AUGGGCCUGAUGAAGAUAUUGCGGAAGAUGAAGCAGGAGGAGAAGGAGAUGCGGCUCCUGAUGCUCGGCCUGGAUAACGCCGGCAAGACCACCAUCCUCAAGAAGUUCAACGGGGAGCCCGUCGACACCGUCUCUCCCACCCUGGGCUUCAACAUCAAGACGCUCGAGUACGAGGGCUACAAGCUCAACGUUUGGGACGUGGGUGGGCAGAAGACCAUCAGGAGUUAUUGGAAGAACUAUCCCUCCACUCCGAGCCUACCGCACCACGACCUGUGCCACCUUCGCGCCGCGAGCGUCGGGGCGCGGCCCCGACGCCUCCGCGGCGAGGGCGCGGAGCUGGAGACGGCCCUGGCCUGGCGCGCUCGGGCCGGGCAGGGCCCCUCGCUGGGGGCAUCCAGAGUGGGGGGCCUCGAGGCGGGGGGUCAGUGCAAACUGAGGGUCAGCCAGAGCGCCGGAUCUGGCAGGAUCCUGCAGAGCCAAGGGUGCACUGCCCCGGUGCAACGCGCAGGAUCCUUCAGGAGCUUGCAGGAGCUUGCAGAGCCUGACAGACCCGGUUUCGCAGUGACCCGAGUCAGUGUAUUCUGCAGGGGCAUCCAAAGGGGGGGCGAGGACUGCAGUUGA